AUGCCUCACUUCGAAGAGGUGAUCUACUCCAACGGCUACCAGAAACUGCCUGAGAAGAGCUCAGCAGCCCUCGAAUACGCGCGUCAGGCACAGCGACUCGCGCAUUUGAGACCCUCGCAAGAGAACGACGAGACGGGCUCGACCCAGGCCGCGCAGGCGAAGUUCGUCACGCCUCUCGAUCCUGUGGUGGAGACACAGAAUGGCGGCCGACUGCCAGCGGUUCCCGUCGAUGAAGCGGCCGAGCUGAACCGCCUCAGAGACCAGCUAGAUGGCUACGAGAUCCCGCGGAGUCCGCCUAGAGGUGCGGUUAGACAGGGUCGCGACGGUAUGACAUAUGGCGCACGGCUACAGUCGCCGCCGGCACCAGCGUCGAGGUCUGAUGUUGAAGAGCAAAAGCAUGCGCCGGAUGCGCCCUUGACUGAAGCAGUGCCGGUAUCGAGGACCAACCCCUUGUUUCCACCUCUCCCAAUGUACGGACCGCCUUCCCUCAUGAGGACUGUACAAUGCUACUUCUUCCGUUCAGUCUCGUCUGUUCUGUCAUUAGGCUUCCUGAUAGCGAUUGUAAUAGGAUGCAUUGCGGAUGCCGUGCCCAGGAUAAUACGCUAUACACGCCGAGUAAUGCUGCUGCAAAACCCAGAGUACGACCGUCCAUUCUACACAGAAGAGAAGCAGCGAGCACAAGAAAGGCGGGCGGCGGAGAAGGCGUGGAUUCACCAGCGCAGCAAAGGCACGCACACGCCGUCUGGCGAAAAGGGUCUCUACAAUGAGAAGACACGGCAGCCUCCACAAGAUGGUGCGUUUGUUCCAACUGAAGGCGGACCGGAUCCGCUCGUUGUUGACGUUGGUUAUUACGCGAGGCGGGUGGGUUUGGACGCGGAGACGUUCGAAGUUGAGACGGAAGACGGCUUCAUCAUCGAGCUAUGGCACAUCUUCAAUCCACGAGACUACCAAAAGCCAGCGCCAUCCAGUUACAAGAUGCAUGGCCCAGAUGUCUUCAAGACCUCGCGCGAUGAUCCAAGAUUCGCCGAGACGCAACCAUUUCCGGAUGGGAAGAAAAAGUAUCCGGUGCUCAUGAUGCAUGGCCUGUUGCAGUGUGCUGGCGCAUUCUGCACGAACGAUGACGAUUCACUGGCCUUCUACCUCGCCAAGUCCGGCUACGAUGUCUGGCUUGGCAACAACCGAUGCGGCUUCACGCCGAAACACACUCUCCUAACCUACGACGACCCAAGAAUGUGGGCGUGGAACAUUCGACAGAUGGGCGUCCUGGAUCUCGCCGCCCUCAUCAGCCGUGUCCUUGCCGAAACCGGCUUCCCCAAACUUGCCCUCAUCGCCCACAGUCAAGGCACGACACAGACCUUUGUCGCCCUUGCGAAAGAGCAACGUCCAGACAUAGGUGAGAAGAUCUCCGUCUUCUGCGCCUUGGCACCUGCCGCUUACGCCGGACCACUCAUUGGCAAGAUGUAUUUCAAGGUAAUGCAAACUGUCACACCGGCCAUGUUCCGCCUCAUCUUCGGUAUUCAUGCCUUCAUCCCGCUCAUGAUGCAAGCGCACCAUAUCAUUCCCGCUCACUUCUACGGAUGGCUUGGAUAUCACGUCUUCUCGUUCCUCUUUAGCUGGUCCGACACGCGCUGGGAUCGCGGGCUGCGUGAUCGCAUGUUCCAAUGGGCGCCGGUAUACGUCUCCGCGGAGAGUAUGCGGUGGUGGCUUGGACGAGAAUGCUUUGCGAAGCAAAAGUGCAUACUCGCGACACGCGAAGAGGGCAGGCUGGAAGAUCUCGAAGACGAAGAAGACGACGAGCUCAUCAGAAAGCUGUAUGUGGACAGGGAGCCGCACGUCAGUCAGCGGCGGAAAUUGCAACGUAAUCUGACCAGUUUCCACUGCGCGACGCCGACGCAUGUCCAUCAUGAUCGGACACGGGGUAAGUACGCGUGGUACAAUAACCAGUUCCCACCAUUAGCAUUGUGGGUCUGCGGCGCAGACGAUCUGGUCGAUGGUAGACGGUUGCUGCGAAGGUUUGACCGUGGAAGGGAGCCUCAUGUGAGAAUUGUGCACAAGAAGAUCAUUGAAGGUUACGAGCAUCUUGAUGUCAUCUGGGCCAUGGACGCGAUCGAGAAAGUUGGCAAGGAGGUACGAGAGGUCAUUUGGCGAACCGUAGAGCCGGAGAGCGCAAAGGUCUGCCGCGUACCUAUAGGCUGCGAAAGGCCGUUGGAGGAGGAUCCAGACGUGAACAAGGAUGUACCGAUGCUGCAUUCGGGCGGUAGGCUACGCAUGGCCAGUAUCUCUGAAGUCCCGACUAUCGCGGCGAAGAAGGCGGGCGCCACUAUACGAGAGGUCGACGAGAACGAACGGCCUGUGGCGGAUGCGAACGAGACUAACAUUGAUGUCAGCCGGGAAAGGGAUGGUGAGCAUGACUAUCUUCGACAGGAAGAGAAGGUGUUUGGAAAGCCAUUGAAUGAGCCGGUAUUUACGGAUCUGCAGGAGAAGGAGAACCCGCUGGGAUAG